CUCCAGCUCUCAGUUUUCGGGAGGCAGCUCUGAUCUCAGAUCAGAGUCACCUGCUGCUGAUCACAUGACCAACUUCUUCUCCUGGUGGGACUUCCUGGAUCACCUGACGAGAGACGCUCCUCAGGUGUUGGCGGUGCAGCUGUCUCGGUGUGUCCAUCAGUCCUGGUUGGUGGACGUCCUUCAGCCUCAGCUGCUGCACAUGUGUGAGCAGGUGGUCCUGGUGUCCACCUCUGUCCUCUGUGCUGCUGUUAGACUCGUCCAGUCGUCCUCUCUACUGGAUCAGCUGGUCCACUUCCUGCUGAGAACCGACACACUGACCCCCCUCCUGCUGCAGCACUGUGACCACAUCUCAGACCAGGUGAGUCCACAUCAGACCAGCUGAGUCCACAUCAGACCAGC